AUGUAUAAAUAUGAAAAGCUUUAUUUUUUUAUGUGUUGGAAAAAAUGUAGAUUUAAUAAUUUGACAAAAGUAUUUUUACAUUCGUCAAACGAUUAUUAUAACAACUUGAAUGUUAUAAAAAAAGAAAAAGGUAUUUUUGAAAAGUUAUUAUGUAUUGGAAAUUAUAAUGUAGAUAAUUUUUGUUUUGAUAAAGAAUUAUAUGAAAAAUAUAGAGAAUGUAUAAAAAAUGAUUAUGAGAAAAUACGAAUAAAAUUAAAAGAAAGAAAACAGAACGAAUACAAUAAUAUACAUAGUAAAAAUUUAGAACACAAUGAAUCUAAUAUUUGUAAUAAUAAUAAUAAUAAUAAUAUAAAUGUAUAUGAAUCUUAUCUAUAUAAUAUUAUACAAAAUAAUGAUUAUAAAGAUAUACUUAUUAGUGAUGUGAUAUAUGAAAACGGGAAAAAUAUAUUAUGUAUAGGAGAAGCAAAUUUAUCGUUUAGUUUAUUAUUACAAAAAAAUUUGAACUUAUGUAAAGUUGUUUCAACAUCUAGAGAAGAUGAAUCAGUGUUAAUAAAAAAAUUUGGGAAAAAAUAUUUUUCAAAAAAUUUAAAAUUAUUAGAAAGUUCGGGUGGUAUAUAUAUACCUAAUAUGAAUGUAGAAAAUUUAUCAAAUCAGUUUUUAAAAAAUACGUUUGAUAUUAUUAUAUUUAACUUCCCGUUUGUAUUACCUACAAAAGAAUGUAUUGAAAAAAAAUGGAAUAUUAAAUUAGAAAGAGAAGAAAUAUAUAGUGAUAAUUUAAAAAAUGAAACAAAUAGUAAUAAUAAUAGUAAUAGUAAUAAUAAUAACAAAAGUAAUAAUAACAAUGGUAAUAAUAACAGUAGUAAUAAUGUUUAUAUAAAAUAUUAUAAAAAAACAGAAUACUUUUUAUUAAACAAAUUGAUUUAUCAUUUAUUUAAAUGUGCAUCCCAUUUAUUAAAAAAUGAAGGAUUUUUACAUAUAAGAUUAAAUGAUAAAUAUUUAACAUGCUCCUUUCCAAAAAAUAUGUCCUUAUCAUUUUUACAAAAAAUUGAUUUUUCAAAUUCUUAUAUUAUCUAUAAAUCGUUGAAAUAUGUACCAUCUCUUUUUGAUUGCACAUUCUUAAAUUAUGAAGAUAAAAAAAAAGAAAAGACCAAAAAUAAUGUUAUCUUUACAUCUAGUGGAAAAAAAAUAUUCAAAAGUUUUAAAAUGAAGCACACAUCAACGUUAAUUUUUCAAAAAAUUUAA